UGUGCGGUUGUUGUCAGCUGAGCUGGAGGAUGCUGUGCCGGUGUUAGAGAAUGUCUACCUUAUUUUACUAAAAUAAUUGCUCGCAGAAUCCAAAAUGGAAGAGACAAAAGAGAACUUAUUGUUCAAAGGUUUUGUUGAGAGGCUAACACUCGGCAUUACUCAAAUACUCGAGAACAUGCCAGGAGUGGUUGAUGUGCGUUUUGCAGAGAGGGAGUCAGCAGAUAAGAGGAGCCUGCUGUCAUGGGAACAGAAAAACACAUGUAUUUUACCAGAAGACCUGAGAAACUUUUACCUCACAACUGACGGGUUUGCAUUAACCUGGAGCGUUAAAUUAGACAAUGAGUGCGUGCCCUUGGGUUGCAUGAUGAUCAACAGUGUGAGCAGGCUGUGUCCUCUUCUACAACCUGUAUCGCUUUUCUCUCUCCCAAAUGCGCCCUCACUGGCUGACCUGGACUGGGAGGAGAGCAGCAAAGAAAGACUGGAGCGUGCGCCUGCUGCGCCUCAUUUUGACGCCCGGAGCCGCAUCUUCGAGCUCGAUUCUUGUGGUGGGAACGGAAAAGUGUGUCUCGUUUACAAAGCGUGCACUCCAGGUGUGGUAGCCCAGCAAAGUGAGAUCUGGUUUUUGGACCACUCGCUGUGCUGGCAUUUUCUGACGGAAACAUUUACCGCCUACUACCGACUGAUGAUAACACACUUUGGUCUGCCUGAGUGGCAAUACGCCUACACCCCUUACGGUCCAAGCCCCCAGGCCAAGCAGUGGGCGUCCCUCUAUCAGCCCCUGAUCUUCAGCAAUGAGCUCAGCCAAGCAGAUGCUGCUGGAGAUCCCUUUCUAAACAAGCUGGACCCCACCAAGGCUUUUAAAGGCAAAGCCAAAGUGCCACCCCCCCAGAAGAAGCAGCUGGCCCAGUGCAGCUCAGGGGGUGCUGCCAAGAGCCAAGGCAAUACAGGCAGACCCGGUGGAGCAAAGCGGUGA